UCUCACAAUUCAUUGGUUAGUGAACAGGAAGUGAGCUAACGAAGCAACGUUAGCUCGACGGGAUAAGUCCCGACAUAAAUAUGACGUUAAGUUUCCGUUAAAUAUGUAAUUGAUGUCUCAGACUCUGUUCUGGAACGUUUUCGGCAAACUAUUACGUUUUGCUGUUUGUUGAAAACGGCUGGGAUUAUUCGUUUGCAGUUCAUAAUGUAAUUAACAAUCAUUUACAGACUGGACUAUUAGCAUCCGUGGAGCUAACGCAGCUAAAAGCAACGACUUAGUGUUUCCGAGGUUAAAGCUUUUAAAAGACCAUGGUUUAGAGCUACAAGACGAAUCCGCACGGGUUUGUGAGACUAUGUGGGGAAGACCACGUCGUCUGUGGACACCUCCUCUGACCAUGUUGUCCAGCUGAGGACCGAGAGACUAGGGACAAAGUGGACCCAGAAGUGUUGACCAAGUUUCAGAAACCUGGAUGUACUAGAACAUGUGAAAGUUGUAAACAAGGAUUGUGAGGAGGGGAAUCCCAGGGGGAGCCAGGAUGUCCGACACGAUGAAGGUCGAAGCGGAUGAACCUGGAGGGCUCAGCUUGGAUCCCCCCAUACCUGCAGCAUCCACAUCAGAACACGAGGAGGAAACACAAGACAGCAAAGAUCUCAUCUAUCAGAUAUUGGUGAUUAAAGAAGAGGUUCCUCAUGACUGGAGCUCCUGUUUGGACCAGCAUGGCCCAGAGCGCCCCCACGUAAAGGAGGAAGAGGAGGAACAGUGGAUCAGUCCGGAGGAAGAACAGUUUGUUGUGAAGUAUGAAGAAGAUGCGAAACCUAAGUUAUCAGAGCUUAAGCAAAUUAAAACUGAAGAUAAUAGGCAGAUAGAAGCUCCAACAAGCAGCUCAGCUGGACAAAUAAAAACAGAACCUGACGGAGAGGUCAGUGGAGGACCAGAACCAGAUAAUAACUUAGAACCUUUAUGUGCUUUUCAAGAAAGUCAUACAAUAGUUUACAACAUAGGUGAAACAUCUAAUCCACUUUCCAAACUCGCAUCUAAGAUAGAAGCACAUACUGAAGAGAAACCAUUUGGUUGCAAAAUUUGUGGAAAAUGGUUCAAAUGUCAAACUUCUAUUGAAAUACACAUGUUGACACACAAUGGGAAGAGAGAACAUAGCUGUGACCUUUGUGGUAAAGUAUUUAAAAAGAAGAGUUCUCUUCAGACACACAUGAGAGUCCACACUGGUGAGAGACCAUUUGCCUGUGAUGAUUGUGGUAGAAGGUUUCAUAGAAAGGCGAUUCUUAAAAGUCACUUGGAGGUCCAUUCAGGGGAAAAAUCUUUUUCCUGUGAUGUUUGUGGUUCAGGGUUUAAAAGAAAAGAAACCCUUAAAAAGCACAUGUGGAUCCACUCUGCAGAGAAACCAUUUGUUUGUAGUGUUUGCAGUAAAGGAUUUUCACGACAAAAUCAUCUCAAAAGUCACAUGUGUGUUCACACAGGGGAGAAACCGUUUAUUUGCAGUGUUUGUAGUACAGGAUUUGCAUUACAGCAGAGUCUAAAGACUCACAUGCUUGUUCACACAGGUGAGAAAUCCUUUAUUUGCAGUUUUUGUAGCAAAGGAUUUUCCCUACAGAGUCAUCUAAAAAGUCACAUGCGCGUUCACACAGGAGAGAAACCGUUUGUUUGUAGUGUUUGCAGUAAAGGAUUCUCACUGCAAGAGAAUCUGAAGAGACACAUGCGUGUUCACACUGGGGAGAAACCAUUCAUUUGUAGUUUUUGUUGCAAAGGAUUCUCACAACAAAACCAUCUAGAGAGUCAUAUGCGUGUUCACACAGGGGAUAAACCAUUUAUUUGUAGUGUUUGCAGUCAAGGAUUUUCACGACAAGCUUAUCUGAAAAACCACAUGGAUGUUCACACUCCACAAUUUGGAGUUAGUUGACCUGUUACAGAGGAAAUGCAGUUAUAGACCUUAUCUGACCACUGUGCACUUUUGAAUGUUUUGUAUAUUGUUGACUGAGAUUUUGAUGUAGCUAAAUUCUUGCCUGAGGUCCACACUGGGAGGAGGCAGCAUAACCAGAGGAACAGAGUUUGGCUAUUACCUUGGACUUUUACUGGCUUUUUGCUACAACAUGGGUAGACUUGACCCAACAGUCAUGUUUUUGUAUGUGGGAUGAAGCCGGAGUACCUGGAGAGAACCCAAGCAUCUACAGGGAAUACAUGCAAACUCCAUCCAGGAAGAGUUUGCAUGUAUUCCAUAGAUAACAGAUUUGAGCCAGUUUGGGGCAAGGCAACAGUGCAACUAACAUCAACAUAAGUUUCUUUCAAAAGGUAUAGAUUUUUAACUCUUAGUGUUAGAUGUAAAUAAACCACAUAAAAUCAUAUGUGAUUGUAAAAGAUGUAAAAAGAGGUAUGUCAUUCAUUUUAAUAUGUCAGUUGCACCAAAUUCACAAAACCAGAAGUUGGUGGCAACAUUUUAAUCUUAGCUUCACAUGUUUACAUUUGAGUCCGUUUUUAUUCUCAGAUUCUGGUUCUAUAAAGUACACCGUGCAUGUUUCUGGAUUUUAUUGUACUGUAUUUUCUGGACUAUAGAGGGCACCUCACUACAAGCUGCACCCAUAAAGUGUUUUAAAAAACAAACAAACUAGAAACGUACAUAUAUAAACUGCACCAGGCUAUAAGCCGUGUGGUUCAAAGCGUGGGAAAAAAGUAGCGGCAGUCCGAAAAUACAGUAAUUGUUUUGUUUUUUUACUUUUGCAUUGGAUAUUUUUUAUUUUCUGGGGAAAUAUUUUUGCCAAAGUUGGUUAGAUUAAAAUAAUAGAUCACUAAGGUGAAGUUGGGCGGAAUAAAGUGAUGCCAAAGAUGUUAACACGCUGAACAAAAUAAAAUGUUUUUUGGAGGGGAUAUUUAUGUUUUCAUCAUGUAAAGCAGUUUGAAUUCCUUUGUUGCUGAAACGUGUUACAAAUAAACUUGAAUGAAAUUUCUUUUUUUCAGUUCUAA